UAGCGCCUGCCCCCGAGGCCGAAGAAGACACAAGACGACCAGUGUUACCGUGCUACAACUGUACAUACUGUUUUAUCUUGUUAUAAUGGGCUGUCCCAGUGUGGAUUCCUCGGAAGGGUACACACCCGAACGAGCUACGCAGUUGAGAGAUGUGCUGUGUGCUUUAAAAUACCCAGACGUUCCUUCUGGUGACGACGAACUGUGGGAACUCUUUUCUUGUGGGUGUUGUACACCGAGAAAUGAACUUUUGAAGUGGACGUGUGCGCUGAUAGAACCAGUUAUAGCAGACAAGCUGCGGAGUUCACCGAACGACGAGGCGUUAUAUCGUUUGCUGGAAGAUUUCCUCAAUUCCUCUGGUUACUUCGACGAACAGACGAACUCGUCAUUCGUUAGGGGCACUGCCACAGUCCAAGAACAGGGCUCAGUGUGGCAGGAUCUGCUAAACACGGCGAGCUACUAUUGCUUGGGGAAAAGCGUCUCACUGCAGGUAUUCGAUUCGCCGUCUGAAUGCGUGCCUGAUGACAGCUCAGAGUUUAAUUUCGAACAUGCAGCAAACAGUAAGUUUGAUCCACUGUCUGUGUCCACACCAUGUCAAGCCCAGUCAGUGGAAUCGUUUGACGAAGCACCACCUUUUUCGGCGUUUCCAACGCGUGCAGGGAUGCAGCAGUAUCUGGACUACUUAUGUAAAAAUGCCCAAAGCAUGGAAGAUUUCCUUGAGGGUGUUCAACCCCUAAAGUUUCCAUCCUCGACGACAGUGAAGGAACUUUGUGGGAAAAUUGACAACGUUUGCGAAAGCUUGGGAGAAUUGAAUAUUUGUUUUGAAGCUGUGGCACCAAAAGUGCCCUCAGUGCAGGCAGAACAAGAGCAUUGUAAAACUGAUUACCUCAUCUCCGAAGCCGCACUGCUCAGCAGGGAAGCACUGGAUUUUGCAAUGUGCAUUCAACAUUCUGGGAGCAUAAUUGAGAAACUGAUACAGUCAACAAACCCUUCAGCCAUCCAUCAGUGACUCUGACAAAGAUUGUGUGAAAAUAAUGUGAAAAAGUGGACUGAAUAUCAAACCUGGCUGUGUAGAUACAUUCUUAUGAGUAGGGCCCAGAACUUCGUACAUAAUGCAUAUUUUUAGAAUGGAUUCUAACGAAUAUCCUAGCGUUUUCCCACACAUUACAAACCACAACAACACAAAUCUACAAUGUUUCGUGUUGCAUAUUUCGGCAUAUUUCAUCGUGAUCAUCAUAUAAUUUCACGGUUGCACGUUCUAUCGUAUUUCGGCGUCGCUUGGUUGUAUCUGUCAUAUUUCCACGCCAUUCUGUUGCAUAUUAUGUCAUGUUUCACUGCCAUUUUAAUAAUUUUUUUAAAAGUUUGCGGUUCCCUUUGUUUUGCUCACAAUUUCAAAAGUCUAAAAAGUCCUAAACCCGUGUUCGAGCAACGCAUCUACGUUACUGCGCUGCUGCUUCAUGCAACGGAGUCGGUAGAUUUGACUAGCACCAAUUUCUGAAGACUGAACAAGUAGUCAACGAGUUGAAGACCCAAAGGCGAUGAACAGCACAACGAAGAGCUGUAUGCGCGCGGAAUAACAUGCUGCAGAGUAUACAGUCCACAUUUUUGCAAUACAUGGCAUUCUUAACUGGCAAAACAGGACAUUUUUAAUCAUCCAAUGUAAUCCCAUGUAAUCAUCCCAUCUAAAAAUGCUUGCAUAUGCGUGCACACACCUUUGAAAACCUGAGUAUGGAUAUGGCAGCACUCUGCAAUGACCAACAAGCAAUACUGACUGCGUACGCGUGAACGUACGUUCCAACAUACAAUAAAAAACACGCAUUUUAGUAGACCUAUCGUUGUUUGUAAACAAAUGACGUCAUACUGUUCGACAGCGCCACCAAUUUGGUAGAAUUGAACUACGCCCGAAACUAGGGGCGAACACGGUCGAGCACGAAAGCCACGGUCUUGAGGGGAUCACGACGGUCCCUGAAAGGGUACUUUGGUACUACUUUUCUUACAAUAGGAGGCAGCAAACAAGUGCCCAUUCGUGGAACCCAGCCCUCCCCUUCCGAUUUGUUUCGGGUUCAGUCUGUCUAACAUUGUCAUAACGUUUCUCGGGUGGAGGUCUAUUUGUAAAAUGUUUUCAGACAAUUUACGUGUUUAUAUAAUUCCCAGUCAUGCGAAAGCUUCCAGAGCAACGUCCCUGGCAUUAUCAUUCUGCAUAACUUACGCAUAUUUAGGUGUUUUGCGCCGCAUAUUUGCGUGCACAUUUUGGAAGAUUUUUGUGCACAAUGUCUCUGGCUCUACUUAUGAAUGUGUCCAAACAAGUUUUUCUUUUUUUUUUUUCUUGCAUGAGGUAUCUGUUUGGAGCAGGUUAUGUAUGACCACAAGCAAUGUUUGCAAAUAAAAUUGUUGUGGUUUGCUCA